UCUGCGCCCAACUUGUCGUUCUUCUUCGGCAACAAGAUAGCCGAGGAUCCAACUUCCAAGAACCAACCGCGACCUGCUGUUCUCUUCUUCCCCGGCAAGCCGCGGCGGUAGGUCCCCCUCGUAUAACCGUUUCCUUCUUGGCCAUCGCCGAUUGGAUUAGAUUGACAGAGUGGGGAGGAAGGAGGCGGAGAUGCCGACGCUGACGAAGCUGUACAGCAUGGAGGAGGCCGCCCUCCACAACACCCCUGACGACUGCUGGGUCGUCGUCGACGGCAAGAUUUAUGAUGUGACCAAGUAUUUGGAUGACCAUCCUGGGGGUGCUGAUGUUCUUCUUGCAGUAACUGGUAAGGACGCCACGGAAGAAUUUGACGAUGCAGGGCACAGCAAGAGUGCCAAGGAGUUAAUGCAAGACUACUUCAUUGGGGAAUUGGACCCACCUCCCGAGAUUCCUGAGAUGGAGGUUUUCAGGAAGGAGCAGGGCAUGGGAUUUGCCAGCGAGCUGAUGGACAACGCAAUGCGGUACUGGGCAAUUCCAGCAGCUGCAAUUGGGAUAUCAGCUGUUGUUGCCAUAUUGUAUGCACGAAGGAAGUGAAGAUCGCUUUGUUGAGUGGACGAACCAUUUGAGAGGGAUCAACCCAUUUUUACCUGGUGCAUAUUGCUGUCCAGAACCAAGAUACACUAUUAUAUUAAAUUCUUAGAUACUUUAAAUCAAACAUUUUUGUCCAAUUGAUGGCACAAGUUCAUCGA